AUGGCGAGAUUACAAAUUGUUGACAAAAUGAUUAGAGUAGGUAAGAUUCUCCGCAGUUUGACCUUGAUCGAUAAUAUGGAAAAAUUCAGCAUCGACAAAAUUACCCUUUCGACUUAUGAUUACCACCCCUCCCAUCAGCUUGCCCCUGAGGUUUACUUCGAAGAACCAGAUGAUCAUUCCAUGUUUAGGAUUUACACCGACGGUUCCAAGAUGGGUGAGGAUGUGGGUGCCACUUUUGUAGUUUACUCCGACUUAGGCCGCGAGCAUCACAACGCUUGCUUCCGUCUAAGUAAACACUGUUCACAGGCGGAAACUUUAGCUAUUUAUAUCAGCUUAAUUCACAUUAGGCGUAGGAAGGUCAACAGACACUACUUACACUAUCGCAUUUAUUCUGACAAUAGAGUAGCUUUACACAGGAUUGCGAAGUUUGAUAGCCGCUUAAAACUCGUACAUCUCAUACACCACAUUCUCAGACUCUUAGAAAACAACAUUAGAAUAGAUUUCAAAUGGAUCCCGGGUCAUGCGCGGGUUCUCGGCAACGAGACCGCUGACCAUCUUGCCGAACAAGCUGCAAAGUCUUCAGUCACUAGUACUUUCAGUUACAUUCCUGUCUCGUACCAACCAUGUCAAAGAGCAAAUCUUCAUUCUCUGGCAAGACAGCUGGGACCAUGA